AUGUUGCCAAAUAUUAUAAUCAUACUUCUGUUAUUCUAUGUUUGGUUUCUAUGUUCUACUAUUAAUACAUUUACAACAAAUUCUUUUAAUCGUAAAGUAUGGGGUGGCGAUGAUAACAUUUUUCAUAUAAAUCAAGGAGAAUUUCAAACAGUUUUUCAGCAAUAUCGAAAUGUCAAUGAACAUAUCAAUUGGCUUGCUAAUGAAAUAUCAUCAUUAAAUCGUCAAAUAAAAUUAAUUAAAGAUCAAAUUUCAUUUAUUAUUCAUAAUCGAGAACAGCAUAUAAUCAUUCAACAUGAAAACACAAAUAACAUAAAUAAUAUAUCAUCAUCGAAAAAUAAUAAUACACAAAAUAUUUAUAUAAUAAAAUUACUUUCAUACGAAUUACUUUUUAAUGAUUAUUUACAAGAUUUAAGCGAUAUAUAUGAAAUAUCAUUAACAAAAACAAUUGAAUGUAUUGCUGUUUUUAUUGAAAAAGAUUCUAUUGAAAAAUAUCUUUUCAUUAAAUUAUCUAAUGGAAAUAUUGAUACAUAUCAAAUGAAUAAAACAAAAUCAUUAAAAGAAACAUAUUGGAAUAUCAAUCAAUCUAUAUCAAUAUGGGUUGGUACUGGAAAACAACUUGAAUAUUAUCAACGAUUUAUUCAAGAUAAUAACAUAGAUGAAAUUAUAAAUAAUGAUCAACUUAUGAAAAUAAAAGAUCGUCCACAAUCAAAUGAUGUUCAUUUCUUCAAUUCGAUAAAUCCAAUACUUCGCAUUAAGUAUCAUACUGAUCCAUCAAGUCUUUCAUGUAUAUUAGAAGAUUUUUUCGAUAAUAUAUAUACUUGUAAUGGUCAAUUAGUCUAUCCUCAUGAAUUAAAACUUUUAUCUAAUGAUAAAAAUCAAUUUAUGUUUUAUGCUGUUAUGGUGAAUACAACUAUAGAAAAGCAUAUUUAUCCUCUUGAAACAAAUCAUCAUAUAAGACAUGGCGAUCAACUAGUUUUUCUUUUUAAUAAUCAUCCACAAAUGAUCUCAUUUACAUCAUGUACCGAUUGUCGUUAUCCUGAACAAACCGAUAUAUUAAAUAAUGAUAAAAGCCUAACUGAAGAAAAACUUGAUAAUCUAAUAGUUUCAUCACAACAAAUUAUAAAUAUUGAACAAAAUUCUUAUAUUACAAAUUCACAAAAUUAUAUUGUUUAUUUCAUUGUAGCAAGUAUUUUACUCUAUAUAUUACUCAGUAUUUAUUUAAGUGGUAAACAACAAUCAACAACAUGUUUAGCAAGAAAACAUUCGAUAUUACCACGUCGUGACCGAUAA